CUCGACAUUUUGACUAGUAAUGCCUCCUAAUUCAUUUCCCGCGAAACUAUCACAGUUUCUGGCGCUCGAGACGUUGUAGCAACUGGGUAAACUAGGCUAACAGAUAACAUCUCACAAUGGGAAUUCACGGACUGGCCAAGCUAAUAGCUGAUCAUGCCCCCGGUGCCAUCAAAGAACAGGACAUCAAAAGCUACUUCGGCAGGAAAAUUGCUAUCGAUGCCUCCAUGUGCAUCUACCAGUUCCUGAUUGCUGUCCGACAGGAUGGGAACGUUCUGCAGAGUGAAGACGGAGAGACUACAAGCCACUUGAUGGGAAUGUUCUACCGCACAAUCCGCAUGUUGGAGAACGGGAUCAAGCCGGUGUAUGUGUUUGAUGGGAAACCUCCACAGCUCAAGUCAGCUGAGCUGGAGAAGAGAGGGGAGAGGAGAGCAGAAGCUGAGAAAAUGCUUGCCAAAGCUCAGGAAUUGGGUGAACAAGAAAAUAUCGACAAGUUCUCCAAGCGACUCGUGAAAGUCACCAAGCAGCAUAACGAUGAUUGCAAGAAGCUACUGGCCUUGAUGGGAGUGCCUUAUAUCGAGGCUCCGUGUGAGGCUGAAGCCAGCUGUGCUGCUCUGGUUAAAGAAGGGAAGGUCUUUGCUACAGCAACGGAGGAUAUGGACGGACUGACCUUUGGGACGAAUGUCCUGCUAAGACAUCUCACUGCCAGUGAAGCAAAAAAACUUCCUGUUCAGGAAUUUCACUUUAAUCGCAUCCUGCAGGACAUCGGUCUGACCAGUGAGCAGUUCGUAGACCUUUGUAUUCUGUUGGGUUGUGACUACUGCGGCACCAUCAAGGGAAUCGGUCCCAAGCGAGCCAUCGACCUGAUGCGGCAGCACGGCUCCAUCGAGGAAAUCCUGGAGAACAUUGAUACAAAUAAGCAUCCGGCCCCAGAGGACUGGCUGUACAAAGAAGCGAGGAAUUUGUUUUUGAAGCCAGAGGUGGUGGAUUCUUCCACAGUGGACCUGAAGUGGAAGGAGCCUGAUGAGGAGGCUCUGAUCCAAUUCAUGUGCAGUGAGAAACAGUUCAGUGAGGACAGGAUCCGUAACGGCUGUAAAAAGAUAAUGAAGAGCAGACAAGGAAGCACACAGGGAAGACUGGACUCUUUCUUUUCCGUCACUGGUUCACUUUCCUCAAAAAGGAAGGAACCGGAGACCAAAGGAUCUGCAAAGAAAAAACAGAAAACUGGAGCAACUCCAGGCAAAUUUAAGAAGGGCAAAUAGACUGAACUCUGAUCACUGUUGAUGUUACUGUUAUGUAUACAACGUAUUAAAUAAGAACUAUAACUUCAAAAUGCUGCACAGAAGGAGCUAUAGUUAAAUCAUUAUUUCAUUUCAAUAUUUCUUGUUUAUGACCAACCACAAUCCAAGCUGGCUGUAUUUUAAGGUGCUGAAUGCUUGAAAUAAAAAAUCUUAUUUUGUAGUGAAA